AUGUUUAAGUCAAAUCUUUUAGUGAAAAAUGUAAGGUGCAUCAUUCGUGGUCUUAAAAAUCCACGUUGCUACUCACAGAAACCAAUAAAAACGAGAUUGCAGGAAAAGUUUUAUGUUGUAGAAGUCAAAAACGAUGUGACAAAGCUUCAAGAAACAACAGAUAUAUUGAUAAUGCAGUCGUCAAUAAAGGAAGUUCCAACACGAGUAACAAGACAGCAUUGGGAUAAACUAUUUGAUGCAACUUAUGAGAUCACGUCAAUUUAUCGGAACCAGUUUUGGUUGAAAUUAAGAAAAAUAGGAAUUGACGACAAAUUCAUUGACAGCAAGAAGCAACAAGGUCAAGAGCUUUUAAAAAGGACGUCUGAGAAAACACCACAAAAGCUGAAAGAACUUAAAGCAGCUAGUCAAGAGCAAUGGGUCCUAAUAAAGGAAUCUGAAAAUUUUACAAAGAUUAAGCAAUUUCCAUCUAAGACUUUAACCAUAACUAAAGACAUGUCAUCAAAAAAACAACUGGACACGAUAGCAUUACGUCCCUUAUUAUUGUAG